AUGGCUACGCAAAACUGUGCUAAUACUAGUGGAAUAUUAUGGGAGCGAGCCAAGCAACUCCUGAAAAGGGAUGAUUAUGAACGACUUAAAACUGCGAUAAAAACGUUUUCUAAGACACAAUCGGUGGAAGGACUGUGUUCGGAUCUCUUAAAGAUUGUCAAUUCACGCUCGAAGGUUGAUAUUCUUGUAGAAGUCAGGCGAUGUCUUCCAGAGAAUUUGAGGAACAGCUUUACCCGACAUUGCAAUGAGAUACUUGAAGCCGAUGUCAAACGAGAAGGAGACGAUUUAAGAAAAAAGAGGAAAGUAGAACCGAAGGAAGGAGAAAACACUGCACCAAAUUUCCAAGGAAGCCCAGCCAAGAAGACCAAGCCAGAAAAGGAAAAGUCACGGAGACCCGGAGCAGUGAAAAGGAUUUCACAAGAGCCUGUUUGCUCAAAAGUAUCUGCUAGCGUGGGUAAUGAAGCUCAAAAGGCUGUCUUACUCGAUUCAGUUGACUCUGACCAAGAAAGCAAAAUCGUCGUUCUUGAAAGGAAAUCCUUGAGUCAGGGAUUUGGUUUCAAGAUUCGAGGUGGAACUUGUCAUCACCCUUCAAUAACCGUGGCUCAAGUGAGAAAACAUUCACUCGCUGACAGGCACGGAUUGAAAACAGGCGAUAAGAUUAUUCGAGUUAAUAACCAGCGUUGUGGAAGAAGAAAUCUUGUGGACGUAGCCCAAGUGAUUGCAAAUUUAAUCAAGGCAUCGAAGACGCUUCAUAUGAAGAUCAUUUCUGCUGAGAAUGUCUCCGAAAAAGAAUGCAAAAUUCGCGACAAAUCUGAAACAGCUGUUAGAGUAGAGGAGAAAAGAUUCUCAACAGUUUCCGUUCAUCCCAAUGGAGAUGGUUGGUUAGGCUGUUGUAUAAGGGGGUAGGUAUCCAAUGCGGUUCUCAAAAUGAUAAUGAUAAUAAUGACGGUGAUGAUCAGGCUUAAUUUGUCAAGAUAUGAAAACUGAAGCAUGAUAUCUUGAACCUUUUGUAUCCUAACCCACUUUUUAUAGGUAACAACAUGAUUUCAAGUGCAAUUUGAGGUUAAUAAGCACAUUUAAAAAUUUCAAAGACAACAAAAUUGCUGGGUGAGUGAAAUUUGUAGUUUUGAAAAAUUUUACAAGUGUUUAUUCACACCAAAUUGGAUGAAAAAUCAUGUCAUGACUUAUCAAUAAUUAACAUAACAAAACAUCACAAAAAGUUGAGACAUACACAAUUUUGAAAGCAUGCAUGCUACUUGUAAUUUGCAUUCGUGUCACAACUUUGUGUUACACAACAAAUGCACUAGUUUUCAGCCAAUCAGGAGCAUAUAAUUUUUUAUGUAUAUUAUAACUUUAAUAAAUUUUACAAAAUUCCCAGAUGAUCCUCACAUAAUUUCUACAUGGUGGGAAUCAGAAUAAUUUCCACGAGUGAGGCAAUGUCUCACAGUUUUACCUUGACUGAGUUGAAAAAAAUACUGACAGGUCUUUCCCAACAAUCAGUGCAAAACUUUGGUCUUAUCCCAUUGUUUCAUGGUUUUUGUGAUAUGUCUUGGAAGCCUACCCACCCAGCCUGCAGAAUAUGGCAACUUCAGAAAGGAUCUUUUCUUAAAGCACACACUGUCCAUACCAGAAUGAUCAUAAUGCAUAUAGCAAAUGGUAAAACUAUAGGUUACUGUACUGUGCACAUGUGAGUUUUGGUCCCAAUGCAUGUGGUGCAUGUGGCUUAAAAUGGCUAACAGUCUGUAUACAUGAGAUCACACUGAGUUCUGCCUUACUCUGAUCUCACACUUUCUUUACUAAUGAAGCUUUUUUCGGUUUCUUAGUGGCAGUGAUUAUGAUUGUGAUGUGCAUGUUAUCUCCGUUGAUAACCAUUCUCCUGCACAGAGGGCUGGGUUAAAGACAGGGGAUGUGAUAACUAAGGUGAGCAUUUUUAUAAGUUACUUUUUAACUGCCAACUCUAUCCCAGGAACUGAACCAGAGUGAGAUUAUAUUUUAUAAUAAUUGUCCCUCCUAGCUGCUGUUUAUGUCCUUCCAGAUUAAGUAUGAGAAAAUUGGAUAUUAAAUCAUUACAAUACCUCUAUCAGAGUAGAUAGUGAAUUCCAUCACUUGUUGGUGGAUAAUGUAUUUGAUACUGCAAGAGGAAGUUUCUCAUAAAUCACUUUUGAAAGAUUACCAGUUGAAAGUCUUAGAUUUCUGAUUGUGUUACAGCUGGAAAAAACUUAUCAGUGGUUAUUGUGAAAAGCAAAUUUUGAAUUUGCAUGCUGACUAGAAUUUACUGUUUGUCUAUCCUAGGUGAAUGGAAUCAGGACAAGGGACUUAACGCAUGUUCAAGUGGUAAGACUUGUUAUUUUUUCAGGUCCUUGUGUCAAAUUUUCUGUGACGUCAGAAAGUAAACCAAGGAAGAGGUUAAGGCCAGAGAUGGUCAGAGAGGAAGCUACCCCACUGCAAACCCAGUAUCAUGGAUCCCAUAACAUGACUCCUCCAGGAAGCCCAACCUCCAGAGGGCUUCACCCUCCAGGUUAUCAACAGAAUCUCUGUGAUACAGUAAUUGACUCUCCUUCACAACUUCCUAUGGGUGUAAUGAAUCUAAAUUGUAUGCCGCCUCCUCCCUACACCCCUGAGGUACCAUUGAGACACAGGGUGUUAGCAAGGGGAGAGAAGGGAAACGAAGAAAUUGAUGGACAGGCACAACAGUGUAUUGAUUUCAUACAAGAACCACAGAUUACCCAGGACCAACAGGUACCCCUGGAUAUUCAACAUCAACAAGAAACAUUAGGAGUGCUUCAGCAACAAAUACAAAAUGCCUCUACCCAACAAGAAGAAGUUAUUGACGCCAAUGAAACAAGCUUUAAUGGAAAUAAAGAAACUGUAUCUCAAGAGAGUGGGAUUAUGGAAAAUGAUGAUGCACCUGAACAAAUUUUUAUUCUGGAAGAAUUUGACGUGCCAUCAAUGGAGAGAGAAGCUUUGAUCAAUGACUCUCAAGGAGAAAUGUCAACAAGAUUGGUGCCUCCCCCGCCACUGCCACCACCACUUGAGAGUGAUGACGGCUCUCCUUCUGCCAGCCCAUCCUCAGUCCCAGGUAGUGGAAGAGAAUCCUUUCUCAGCCAGAUAAGACAAUUUGACAAAACAAGUUUGAAGAAACUGGAUGUGAAUCCUGAGGUUACUAAUUGUAAUCAGCUUCAAAGGAUUUCCAUUAAAAGUAAUCCUGGAAUAGAUAACACGAGGCAGAUGACAAAGGAAAAAAAGAACAGUCCACAGGGUAAUGGUGCUCUAGAGAAAGGAGACUCCAUGGACUUACUAUCUUCUCUUCGUCAAGCAAUGAAACACAGAGCCAAAGUACUGCAUGAUACCUUAAUGGAUGAAGGCAAUGAAAGUGACGAUGAUGAUAAUGACAACCUUGACAACACCAACAACAAUAAUGGUAGUGAAAAUGAGUGGGAACUGUGA